UUCGAUGGUGCGUACGUUACGAUGUGUCGCGUUACGGGUGGAUCCCUUUUUACCGGAAGCGAAGGAGAUUACUUACUCGUCGAUUGAAUCUUAACAUACACGCCAUAUUUUCGUACGUGUCGUGUCCGUUGUUUUUCGCACGCGUGGAAAGGUCGUCCUUCGGGAACUUUUCGGAAGUGAUCCAACGAAGUGCACCGAACGACGCAAAACGGAUUAAACGUAAAUCAAUCGUACACUUUUACGCGUUCGGUGAACGAUCAGCGAGUGUUCGCGAAAAUUUUCGAGCCAACCAUUUGGAUGUAAGGAGAAAACGUUACGAUCGGUUUGGUCGUGGCUUUAAGCCGGCCGGCGCCCGCGUUAAAGGGAAUAUAUUCGAAGCGUCCGUCGAUAAAACCCUGUUCCCGUGAUUUCUCAAAUCGAUCACAAUUCUACGGGUCGAAUCACCGAAAAUCGAUAUCUCGUUCCGGUGAAGUCCGAGAACAGUUCCGAAAUGAGUUCCCAUUCGUCGCGAUCCGGGGAGAAAAUCAUCGAAGGACUGUAGAUAUUUCUUUUUUUUCCCCGGGCGAGUUAUUUCGACAGAUCGGUUGAAAAUGUAGCUUCUCGCAACUCCUGACUCGAACGCGAAUGAAAACCGUCGCAACAAACGUGUGACCUCGGUUCGUAAUUGUUUACAUCCAACGGAGCGAGAAUCGAUCCGAGAAGCCCGAACCGUCUUGCUCGUCGGUUCGAACGAUACGACGGCGUUCGAACGGACCCGUGAACGCUUGUUCUUUGUUUCGAGGCGAGUGUGCCAAAAAAAGUUACACGGGGAACUCUGUUCAACGAUAUCAAAGUUCCGGCCUUCGUUUCGGCGUUUUCACGCGAGACUCGUCGUCGCACGGUGAAUAAGUGAACAAACGAGUGAUUAUCGUAGUGCGCCGUGGUCGUAAGAAAUAUCGUAACAGGAGCGACCACUUCCGACGGCUUCAUUGUCCCGAGUAUUUUUCUCGACGGACGGAGGAUGAUAUUCUGAACGGAUAUUUUUCUUUCUUGGGGGGAUUUCUCGCCAGGAUGACCAGUCGCCACGUUGCGUCCGCAUAGCCGUCACAGUGGAGUUCUGCUUAAUCGCAGCCUCGGGAGGGGGAGGUUCGAUGUUGGUCCCUCCCGUGGCCCAAAGUGGGACUGGGGAUCGUCCCGUGGGCGACACGGGUGCCCGGGCCCAACAGUCCGGCCCUGCCGCGGCAGCAACCCUGUGGCCGUUAGCGCCUGCGCAGACCAAUCAGGUCCAGAGUCAACAGUCCCAGGGCAUACCACCUCUGGCCGCCACUCCCGCGCCUGCUCACAACCAAGGUGUGAGUCGCUACGGGCUGUACUCUUUAUUCCCUGGGGGUGGCGGAGGAAGUUACGUCGCGGCCACUCCCGCCACCCCCGGACCGCCCACGCCAGCCCGAGCUUAUCACGCGACAACACACAAGGCCGAAAAAUUGAUUUCAGAGAGUGUGUUUUCCGCCGCUGUUGGGGUUGGAGUGGGUGGAUACACCUGGGGAGCUCCCACACCACCCCCUGGAUCGCCCUACAGUCCUGUGCCCGUGACGCAGCUCGAACUACUCGCCAAGAAUUUGGCCAGUUUGGCUCCCCCGGGUCAACAGGCGCUUAGUCUUCAAGGUGUCGGUGUGAACGUCGGUAGUUUGCACCACGCGCAACACACACAACACACUCAGCACACGCAGCACACGCUCAACUUGACUGGGCUUCAUCAUCUUCAUCACGGAGGUCUCCAUCAGAACACCUUUUCUCCCCAACUGUCUCUGGUAACCGGAAACGCGCCCACGCUGACGAUCAACAGCUUCUCAUCGCCAAACUCGACAGGCAACGUUGUACCAACGACUGGCGUCCUGCUCCAGGAGUACCAAUCGCCGUCAGGCUCGACCACCGGAUGCUCCGUCACCGUGAACGGCACCUCGUGCCCGACGAGCUCGACGACGAGCACGAUGGUGAUGCAGGGGGACCAGACCGCCUGCAACCAGGUCGUGCAGGCCAGCAAGAAACGGGAGGCCUUCCUACCGAGUCAAGGUCAGCCAGUCAAACUGGAGAACAAAUCGACCAGGCAGCCCUGCGUUUGCAGAAACAGCGGGAAAACCAGGACGGUGCAUUCCGACGCGGGCUGCAGCAGGACAUUGCCGGUUGCUUCGUCCUGGAACGGCCAGGACGCGAAUUGCAACGGCAAUAAUGGCGGUAAUAACUUGGUGAAAAGGGAACCGCUGGCUUCGGUGCCGUGUCAGGUCGCCGAAGUCUCGACGUCCCUCCACGCGACAACCACCUCCGUGAAAAUCGAGCCAGUCCCACCGAAAUCGGAAAACGGGAUCGUGGUGUCGAAUGCAGGGGCUGGUGGUGUACCAGUUGGAAUCGCGGUGGCCAGGCAGAGAUUGCAGCAUCAGGAAACCUCGACUUCGAUGCGCAAUGUCUCCCUGAGUCAUCACACCUCGCAUCAUGCGAGCUAUCAUCACUUCCAGCCUGACAAUCUCGGUUCGAGCACGGCCAUGGCGGUAGGCGGUGCGACCCUGGUGCAUUGCGGUGGGCCUGGAGGGGAGGACCGUCCGGCCCACCUCGCCAUUCCCUCGGGAGCCCUGGCGCCCUCACUGAACGCUGCUCUCGGCUCCAGCCUGAAUUCCAGCCUGAAUUCCACGCUAGGUGGCAUCGGCGCCGCAGCGAGCGCCGCCACCGCCGCCACAGCCGCCACAGCCGCAUGGCCGCCCACAUUAUGGCAGUACCCAGCGGCGGCCGCGGCCGCUGCAGCUGCAGCUGCAGCAAUGCCGAUGGAACCUGUCGGUUUUCCACAAAUGGGCGUUGGGCUUCAAGGUGGCCUGCAAUUGGUCAGAGAUCCAACGACGGGUCAUCUUCUUCUCAUUCAUGCUGCAGAACAAAUGCAGCAGGCAGUAGUGUGGCCAAAUUACUCGAAUCACAAUAACGGAAACGUUGCACCGCCGCCUCUUCUACUUCCGCCGCCGCCACCCUCUCUUCAGCUUCUCGGCGACAUCGGUGGAGCAAGGUUGGUCCUCACGGAAAGUAAAAGGAAGCAACAGAGCACUCUGCCUAUUGUCAAGAUAGAAGCUGACUGUGGCAACAGCCCCACCACCAUAAUCACUUCGACCGAAUCAACGAAGGCGUUGCAGACCGUGACCUCGAUGACAGGAGCCAUAGUACCAGACACACCCUUGGUAACCACUCUCCACUAUUAUCCACAUGCGCCAGCAUUGGUCCAAAUCAGUCAGGCCGAACCAAUGCACUGCAGAUCACAGCAGCGAAAUUCGUUUCUGUCGAAGGCCACGUCACCCGUGUCGUGUCUCACGCCGCCACCGGAGGUGACCACGAUCCACGCGAUCGAGCCACCGGAAGUGACGCCGAUCGUGGGCGUCCAGGACGCCUCGAACCAGACGGACGCGCCGGAACCGGAGGACCAAGAGCCAUUGGUGGACACGUGCGUGAAACAGGAGCAGAAUCUCAGCCCCUGUCAGCUACAGAACCCUGGAAACCUGACCACCACCACUACCAACAUGACGAACAUGACCAACUACGAGAUCGUGGCUGCAGCGCCGGAGAAGGUGUGCAACGUUGUUCGAAUAACGACCACAACGACCACCGUGAACCCUGCAGUGUGCAGCUUCGUUGGUAAAGUGGAUAAAGCUGAGAACACGAUCAUCAACAUGGCGGACUGUCCGAAGUACUCGAUCACGAAGGAGUGCAGGAGCGUCACUGCGAUCGACAGGACCAUCGAGCACGUGGUUGCCAGACCUAUGGACAGGGAACAAGAGGACAAGGGGCACGUGGACGAGGCGAACAACGAGGAGGAAGGGCUGACUUGCAGGGACGUGAGGACCGGGCCAAGGAUCAUCGAGAUCACCGAGGAGAAUUGCGACAGCUUUCACGAGAACCUCGAGUUCUUUGGGAGGAGGAGGGAUCACUCGUUGGAUCGUCAUCGGGACAGGAAGAGAAGCUAUGCAGCGGAGUCUGUCGCGAGGGAAAUGGAGAAUUACGAUGAAACUGUUGCUGACAAGUGUGAGGCUGAGUUGCCCAAAGUCGAGGACCUGGAAGCUGCAGAGCUACACAGACAUGGGAAUCCCGCGCUGCCUGAAAUCACCAACGACGAUGCACAAAAACAGCCAGAGGAGCCAGUCGAGUCGAAGGUAGCGGUUGCUGUCAGUUGUGAGAGCUAUGGAAAGAGUCGUGAGGAUCAUUCGCUGGCGUAUCAGUCGUCUGGUCGUCCACAAAUAACCGUAAAGUCGUUCGACAUGCCCAACAUCGACUGCGAGGACCAAGAGGUCGAGAAAAUAGUGAUCAAGCAAGAGGCUAGCGAGACAGCGUACGAGGAUUGCGCGUACAAGUGCGAGGCGACGUCCACCACCGAGAAACCGAAGUGUCAGGACUGGGUGAAGAGGCAUUCGGUCGAGAAGAGUCAUCCUGGGAUCGAGAACGUGGUAGAGAAACUGAAGAAGAACGCUGCUGCAGCUUUGCAAGAAGCUGCGCCUCAAAAAAUCGAGGAUCUGAAGGACAGAACCGCGGAGAGUCUGCGUUCGAGAAGACACUCCGAGACUACACCAAGAAAAUUGGAGAAUGGCUUGAAGAAACAUAUACUAAGGUCUUGUGAGAACGCUCAGUUCAUGGAUCAACAUGAGAUUCCAAGGGAGCCAGAGGUUUCCUCGACGGAGGCGCAGAACUCGAGUCUUCCUAUACACCUGACAUCCACGGAGCAUACAUUGCCCAGAGAGUACUUCCUAAACGACAACAACAACGACACCAGGAGCAACAACAACAACAUCAAGGCAGUCGAUGGUAAAGAGCUGGUCGUGAAGAAGGAGAAGAUCUCGUCGCCUGUCUGUUUCAACAGCGACGCGGUCACCCCGAAGAAACACCGACGAAUGGACGCCCCAGAAGAGACUUACGCCUUGUCAUCUGACAAUCAAACUUCCAAAUCGAGGGUCAGCCCCAAGCAGAAGCCUACGGUCGAUAUAAGCGGGCUGGAGCUGCUCUCGAACAGCAUCGAGCAGUUGGAACAGCUGAAACCAGAUGCUCAGAGCGCUACCACCGCGGCUGACAUUGAGAAAUCGCCUGUCAGGACCAAGUUGAUCUCUCCGCCGGGGGAGAGCAACAACAACAACGUGGAUAGUCCGUUGGGGUUGUUGUGUGCUCUCGCGGAGCAGAGGUUCAUGGAAGAGGUGGUCGACAAGGUGCCCAGGAAGCUGAAUCUCGAGAGCUCUGAGGAGAUCUCUCACGCUGGUAGGUUGUUGCUGAACUUGGGGAGGGUAAAUCACUUGGAGAAGGAGGGGAAGAUGAAGAUGUCGGACAAGAGGAAGUAUGUUGGACCAGACGAUGAGGAUUAUAAGAGUUCGAAGAGAUUGAAAGUCAACGAUGAGUCUGAGGAUGAGGAGUCCAAAUGCGAGGCAAGGUUGCAGAGGAACAUGGUAUUUAGGGUCAAAGAGUCGACGAGGAGGAGCAUAGACUUCUCAGAGAGAAACGGUGUCAACGAAGAUGAAGACGAAGAAGAAGAAGAAGAAGUGAUGUUGAAAGACAAUCCUGCUAGCAAGAGUAGGAUGUACGAGGAUUCAGAUUAUGAAAGGAUCGAAGAUUUUGAGCACUAUGAUCACCACUAUGACGAGUAUCGAAUGAACGGUGCUUACUGCGAGAAAGAGUCUGUCGAGUACAAUCUUUCUGAUUCUGAUUUGAAGACGUACAGUCAGCUAGCUUACUCGAAGUCGAUGCUGAUGGAGGAGAGCAACAGGGACAUGAAGAGAAGGUUUUCAGCAGGUGAACAACGCGACUGCCACGAUUACAGGAACUUGCAAGCGAAAUUGGAUGCGAAGAAGUUCAUCGCUAGGAAGGGACAUAUGGAUAACGAUGCUGAUUGGCCUAACAUGGACGCCAUGGAGCUGGACAUGAGGGUCAGACUGGCUGAUAUUCAGAGGCAGUACAGAGAGAAGCAGAAAGAGUUGUCCAAAUUGACUCCUAAGAAGGAUGAGAAGAAGAGUCCAGGCAGACCUCGAAAGAAGAGCCAUUCUUACAGUUCCGAUCAUGGCCCACUGGCGUCGCCAUCAGCGUUGGAGCAGAUGCCUUCUCCGCACAAGUCUCCCUCACGUUCGUCAAAUGGAUCUCCGCCGCCAUUGGCCUCCACUGUCAUAGCUAUGCCGAGGUGCAACGUGAACUUGGUGAAACUGGGUGAGCCAAGAAGUCACAUUAAACUGUUGGACAGUAUACCGAGCAUUCCGAUCCCCGUUCCACCAGUCGCCUCGCCUAUCACCGUUCUACCCUCGAGCAAAACGCCGCAGGACGACGAUGAGAAAAGCACGGGAAGGAUGGGGUAUGAUACAUCAUCACCAGCGCCGACCAUCGCGAGUUCAAGUUCAGCUUCAAAGAAACGUAAGGUCGGUCGUCCCAGGAAGCUGAUGUGCACAUCAGGAAGCGUUAGACACCUAACGGAAACGAUAGUCGCGAAAAAGCCAAAAAGCAAAAGCUCUUUGGUGGGGUAUCUGUUGUCGUCGAAAAACCGACAUCUUCAGGCAAAGUACGUUGGUAAGACUGGUUACACGCCAUUGCCCUUCAAAACCGGACUAUCGUCUCUGAAAUCCGCUUCCAAGGGUCACAAGUCCGUCAAAUCGAAACCAAAACCUGCAAAACAGACGCCCCUGCACAGCAAGACUGUGAUCAGCUCGAUAAUCGCCGAGAAAGCGAAACUGAGCCAGGAAGUGAAGCUGGAGAAACAGAACAAGAUGAAACCGAAACUAAAAGCGGAGGCAAAGGUGAAGACUUGGGAGGAUGAUGAACCCGCUGCUGUGGUGGAGAACGUGUUACCAGAAUCUACCGUGGAGAAACCAGUUGAGGAAACGCCGGUGGAGUUGCCAGAGGCAACAGAGGCGGAGUGCGAGAAGAUCAGGCACGAGAAAUCGAAGAAGAAGAAACGGAAGUCCAGCUCGUCGUCACCCUCGCGGCGGAAGUCGACCGAUCGCGAGAAGAAAGAAUCGAAACGGAGAAAGUCGCUCGAGUGCAAAGAGUGCAAGGAGUGCGCGAAAGCGGCCAGGGCCGAGAAAACGGAAAUAGUUAACAAGUGCAAAUUAACGUCUGCACACUUGGCCAUUGACCAGCUGAGAGUGCUCACGGCGAUGGGCGGUCUGUUUUACGCCGGAAGGCUCAGCGCUGUCCAAGCACCGGACGUUUAUGCCAUUACGCUGGACGGCGAACGGGGUAACAGACCCCACAUCCAUUCCAGAGAGGAGAUACUACGAGACGCGAUCGUGGAAGUAUGCCCGAGCUCGACGAAAGAGUUACCACCAGGUACGAGACUCUGUGCCUAUUGGAGCCAGCAAUACCGAUGCUUGUACCCUGGCACAUCGGUCGAACCGACCGAACCUGACCCCGAGCUAGACGAAAAGUUCGUUAGCGUGGAGUUCGACGACGGGGACAGCGGAAGAAUCGCGUUGGACGAUAUCAGGUUGCUGCAGCCUGACUAUCCUGUCGUUGAAUAUGAUCCGAAUCCUCUAUUGUCGCUGGGCAAACGUCGAAGGCAGACGUCUGUAUCAACAGAGGACAAACGCUCGUCCAGCAACAAUCAACCGUCCACUUCGUUAAACGCGAACAAUGCGAUCCCCGCUGUUACCUCCACAACAUGUUGUUACGUUUCGUCGUCCGAUGGACAGUCGUUGGAACGAUACAAAUCAGACGACAUGGACACCAAGGAUCUGGAGGAAUAUCGCGAGAGGAAACGCAUGAAGAAGAGAAGGAGGGACAAGUUGAAGAGAUUGCAAGAGGCCCAAGAAGGAAAGAAGAAGCACAGAAAGCACAAGUGUUGCGAGGAACACAGGAAACACAAACACAGGAAACACAGAAAACAUAAGCACAAGCAUAGCCAUCAUAGCUGUCACAGCGAAGGAAGUCACAUAAGCAGUGGGGAAAGUUGUUGCGGCCAGAAGAGUGAGGAGGAAUUGGUGAAGGAAACAGUGACGUCAGCAAAUGGCGAGGCGGAAGCAGAGGAAGAGACAGUACAGCAAGAGGAGGUUAUUAUACCGAUAAAGGAACCGAUCAAGGAGCCCGUCCGCGAGGAGAAGCAAGAGAAACCGAAGAAAUCGGACAAGAAGUCAAAAAUGCGUGAGCGCCAGGAGUCGGUGGAAAGUCGAAGCAAAAUGGCGGCGUUUCUGCCCGCGAGGCAGUUGUGGGGUUGGGCUGGAAAGGGUUACAGGCGACCAGGCGCCAAAGGUAGAGCAAAGAAGCAAUUCUUCAGGGCGAUUCAGCGUGGAAGCGAAACGAUUCAGAUUGGCGACAGCGCUGUAUUUCUUUCGACCGGGAGACCAGACAGGCCCUACAUCGGACGCAUCGAAUCCAUGUGGGAAACCUCGAGCUCGAACAUGAUCGUCAAAGUCAAAUGGUUUUAUCAUCCCGAGGAGACAGUGGGAUGCCCGGCAAAUUUGAAAUACCCGGGCGCUCUCUUCGAGUCCCCUCACAUGGACGAAAACGACGUACAAACGAUCUCACACAAAUGCGAGGUGCUACCGCUUCAGGAAUACACGGACAAGUUGGGCAAAGAACCACACAGAUACCUGACGAUCUACGACAACAACGACAUUUACUAUUUGGCAGGCUACUACGACCCCACCACAUAUUUGUUGACGAUGCAACCGGGGGUUGUUUGAGAACAGCUAAAGCUGACGAUUAAGUUAACGGGUGUUACUUAAUUCACGUCAGCGGAACGUAACGCGAAAUUAAAUAGUAAGCCGUGGCCGCCGCGGUUGGCGCCCACGCUCGAACUGCGAUGCGCGCGCACCGAGGGAACAGGCUCGAGUUACGGAGCCGGAGCCAAAGUCACUGGAUGAUUUUGAUAUGCGCGUCAGACGUGCGCGGGAACGCGUCGCGCGAACGUACGCGUACGAGUUUUACACGUUCACGGACGAUUAACGAGAAAAUUUACAUUUCACACAUUAUCGCGAUUCAUUAUCACACGGGUGUACGAACGUUCAUUCGGUGAUCACCGCCGGACCCGAACAUUAUUUAUUAUCGAAAUGUACGGAGACAUGUUGAUUAGGUUAAACCGUCGAUCACAUCAUUUUUUUUUUUUUUUUUUCUACGGUUACAUUGUUACGUUAAUUUUCCUCUUAACCGGGUUAAACGGAGACGACGUAGGUUAUUUUUUACCAGUACCUACGGCGUCGAAAAACGCGAUCGUUGAUUUACCAGUUCGCGACUAUAGUAUUCCCGCGUAUUUUUUCUAAGACUAUCUUUCCCCGCUAUUGUGAUUAAAUACCUACUGAGAUUCGCUCGUAUGCGACCACAAAAACAGUGCCGCAAGAUUUCAGACGUCUUACCUAUAUAAGCGUGCAAUGACAUUAUUUUACCGUUCAAGCGAAAUAUGUGAUUACUAAUGGUAUUGUGAUAGAUUUAUACGAUACAACCAGCGAGAGGGGCUGAAUUGUUUCGGCGCAUUACAGGGCACAAUCGGUGUUUCAGUAAGACUUCCACGUUUCGAGGAUGAACCGUGUGGGAAGUUGGAUCGAAUCGGAGGCUUGUGCCUUGCGUAACAGAGUCAAGAAGAAAUGAGCAUUGGACGUAUGAUGAUUAACGGUUACGGAACAGAUGCAUGUAAAUAUAUAUAGUAUGUAUGUAUAGGAGAGAUGCAAUAAGUAUACGGUGUGGCAUUACGAAGACUCUUUGAUCAAAUGUUUUAUCGACUGUAUAUAGAGAUAGUCUACGUACGUUGUACAUAAAUGUUAAGUGCGUAUUGAAAUGUGAUCGGACUCGCGUCCGAUCGUUAAUCGUUAAACCGGUGUUAAUAUUAUUGUCCAAACAGCGAGAAGAGAGAUAUUUCGUGGUAACCGUGUAACGCGUUCACGCGCAUGCGUACACGGUAUUUACGAUAGUACUUAGAUUAAGAACCACCUUCUCGCGUCCAUUGCUCCAUUAUCGACUUCGGUCCUCGUUGGACACGAGCGGGGAUUUUAUUUCACGACGAUUAGAGAAUCGGUAGAUCCGAGAGAGUCGAUACGAGACAAAGGUGCUACAGAUAAACAUUUUUCGUCGAGCCGAAUUACGUGCAAAACUUGUUAGGAUUAAGGCAUUUUCUAUCAGGUCGUUUUUAUACUUC